UAUUUGGUUUAAUUAUGGAGUUGUUUAUUGAAAAAGUAAAGCUACACCCCUGUUUAUGGAAAACGAGCGAUAUAUCGUACAGAGACAUCGGUAAAAAGGAUUUGGCUUGGGACAAGAUUGCGAGGGAAUGCGAAAUGGCGAACGGUAAGGAAGCUAAAUCUCAUUGGAAAAAAUUAAGAGAUAGUCAUAGAGAAGCUCUUCGAAGACGUAAGACUACUACAGGACAGGCAGCACAAAAUAUGAAACCGUGGAAAUAUGAGAAUUUAAUGGAAUUUUUACUGCCACACAGAGAAAAUAACGAGACUUUUUCAAAUUUUUCGAAUCCUACACAAGGACACGACACUGAAAACACAUCUGAUACAAUAAUUACGGAUAUUGAUAUUGUUGGAUCACCUCCCCCACCGGCUGAAUAUUCACUCUCAACAACAUCUACAAUUCAAUCUGGGAAGAAGAACAGCAAGCAACUGGAAAUUACUGAGAUUAUUCAGCGCCGAGAGAAAAAUCGAGAGCAAAGACGAGCUGAAAGAGAUGAAAUAAGAAAGCAUAUUACUGAUGCUAAUCGACCACAAGAUGCAUUAUCUCAUUUAUUUGAAAGUUUCUGUCAAAAGACACGUGAUCUACCAAAGUACUUACAACUACGAGUCCAAAGAGAAAUUUUUGAAACAAUUACUCGUGCUGAAGAAGAAGCAUUGUCCUAUGACUCAAUGAAUACUUACUACUCCUCCACACCUUCCAAUUCGUCUUCUUAUGGCUAUAGAAGCGCCACAAAUUAUCAAACCAGCCCUUUGCUUGAUGCCAGCCCCUUGCCUGAUUGCAACCCCCUGCCUGAUGUGAGACCCGUGCUUGACGCCAGCCCCUUGCCUGGUUGCAGCCCCCUGCCUGGUUGCAGCCCCCUGCCUGAUGUGAGACCCGUGUCUGACGCCAACCCCUUGCCUCAACCUCGAGAUACAUUUCCAGCUGUUUGAAUCUCGAACCAUUCAAAACUAAUUAAUAAAAAAAACAUACCUAAUGGCGAUGGCGAGUCUUUCAGCAGAACUUAUAGAUUCCCGAUAAUUAGUAUUCCUUUUUUCUAUUUUACUUUUAAUCAUUUCAUGAAUAAUCUGGAAGUCUUUUCGUGAUAGUCGAUAGUAAUUUUCAAACUUUUCAUCACUUAAUGUCAUAAAUAAUGUUUUGUAUUCUCCAUGUUUAUUUCUGAAUUUAAUAUGAUUUUCAAUCCAGAACCGGUGUUUUCUUUUCUUUUGCAAUUCACCCAAGACUAGAUCAUCAAUCUCACUUUCGGAUUCAUCGUCAGAAGAACUGUCUAGCAAAGUCAGUGUCAAUGCCAUUCUAUCAGUACCUCGAUACGAUUUAUACGAGAAACAUGAAAUGCGUCCGUUCCACAAGGUGUAUGACUGAAAACUGCGCUGCGAUAAGCAAGCUGUACAUAGUCGUGGGUCAUAUUCGUCUACUCCAGUGGAAACGUAGACCCACGUUGACAGCGUUGAGCUAUGUAACCGCCUAUUCGAGCAAGCCACGCAUGUAUCAAUGACGUCAAUUCAUGCGUAGCCUCUCCGUGGGUUGCAGUGGACACAACCACAUACAUUUUCUUACAAAGCGAAGCUUAAUACACGUGCGUAGCCUCUCCGUGCGCCGCGGUGGGCCCGCGCCUUAAUACCAGUAUAGUAUAGCAAGACUGUUCACGUCCAUCGCUUCCAAAUCAACGUGAGGAACUGUGCGCGCUCUUGCUAAUAAAAGCCGGAUGGUGAG